AUGGCAACUUCACCAGAGAACACACCUCCGCCUUCGACGAUCGAUGACAAGCCUCGCGUGUUGAUCGUCGGUGCUGGUCUCGCUGGCCUCACACUUGCGAUCCUGCUCCAAAAGGCUGAGGUGCCCUACGACAUCUUUGAAAGGGGUCUCGACACUCGAACCGUUGGAACUGCUAUGAUGUUUGGCUCUAAUGUUAGUCCGUUGUUUACUCAGCUCGGGAUAUACGAUGAGUUCGUGGACAAGUCCAAGUCAUGCGAGACUAUCAACAUUUAUGACGACGCCCGAGAGUUGCAGUUCACCAGGGACUUCAAACUCGCCGCAGAGAUGUAA